CGCCGCCGCGGCCCUCGGCCUGGCUCGCCUGCGUCUCGCCGCGACUGAAAGCGUGGUGGCGGCUGCUCGGCCCUCCUCUAGACGGCGCCCGCCGUGGACAUGCCCCCAGCUCGCGGCGCGCCCCGCCCCCGCCGCCCUCAGGCCUCCAUCAGCGCCGGGAUCCGCCAGGUCUUCCGAGCACCCGGAACGACCGCGCUUGCGCAUUCGAGAGUACGACGAAGGGCCGCAGCCACCUGCGCUCAUUUGCUGCCGGCCUUUGGCGACGGCGCGCUGAUGUCACGACAACGCGUGAAGUAGGCGGGGGCAAGGGCCAGAUGGGUGGGGCGAAGGAGGAGAUUCCUGGCAGGUUGGGGAUGGCACCUGCGAGCCGCCGCGUGGUUCGGGCUUGAGAGCCGGUGAGUGCUGGGUGGUGGAACAGGCCACUGAACUAAGGCUAACACAUUAGCAAAGGAGAAAUGCAGAAAAAAAGUUCAGCUUUGAUGAAUUUAAUCGGAACUUUUAUUUCAGAAAGUCUAGAAGGAAGGUCUUGCAUUCGCCCUAAGUUGUUUUAAUGAAUUUCUUAAGUGAAUUUCUAUUUUUAAUUGCAUAAAUGUAGAGGGACACUGUCAUCUUUUCAGUGUUUAGGGGCCAGCAAAAGCCCUAACCCAAGCCCUGGACUGGUCAUGGCAGCAGAUAGGGAAACAUUCAGGAACCUAACUCUGGCUAGUACUCGCACUUUGAAAGACCACCAAAGCGCAAAGGAGCCGUAACGCGGUGCAGCACUAACAUCAAACGGUGGCCCAUAGCAAUGUCAGACUUAACCACUAACUCUCAUUUACCUGCGUUCAUUUUCCGCCCCAUUUCUCUCUGGGCUCGUGGAUAAAACCGCUGCCCUACCUGCAUUUGAUGUUAUUCUUAGAAAAUAACUCGUUUCACUCAAUUUAAUCUACCAUCCAGCAAACUAGUCUUUCAAAAUAAUGGUAAAAGAAGAUUGUUUUAUUCAGGAGAAUUAAACUUGCUCAGGGACCACGAAUUCUAUUAAAAAGAUCAUAUUGAAAAUGAAGUGGCUCUCUGAUCGCGCGGCGGGCCUUCAGGAUGGCGCCGAAGAAAGACAAGAAGCCUAAGAAGUCAACCUGGAAGUUUAAUUUGGACCUUACUCAUCCAGAAGAAGAUGGAAUUUUUGAUUCUGGAAAUUUUGAACAGUUUCUACGGGAGAAGGUUAAAGUGAAUGGAAAAACUGGAAAUCUUGGGAAUGUUGUUCACAUUGAACGCUUCAUGAAUAAAAUAGUUGUUUCUGAGAAACAGUUCUCUAAAAGGUAUUUGAAAUACCUUACCAAGAAGUACCUUAAAAAGAACAGUCUUCGUGAUUGGCUUCGUGUGGUUGCAUCUGACAAGGAGAUUUACGAACUUCGUUACUUCCAGAUUAGUCAAGAUGAAGAUGGAUCCGAGUCUGAGGACUAGAUGAAGCCAUCCCUUGUAGGGCUUUGCUUGCUAAUAAAACAAAUGAAGUAUACAAGAGAGACAUCUUGAAAUGGACCUUUAGUUUAUCAGUGAAUAAAAAACAUUACUCUGGGGCUUCCCUGGUGGCACAGUGGUUAAGCAUCCACCUGCCAAUGCAGGGGACACAGGUUCAAGCCCUAGUCCAGGAAGAUCCCACAUACCGCGGAGCAACUAAGCCCGUGUGCCACAACUAUUGAGGCUGCGCUCUAGAGCCCGCAACCCACAGCUACUGAGCCCGUGUGCCACAACUACUGAAACCCGCGCACCUAGAGCCCGUGCUCCACAACAGGAGAAGCCACCACAAUGAGAAGCCCGCGCACCGCAACGAAGAGCGGCCCCCACUCGCUUGCUGCAACUAGAGAAAGCCCACGCACAGCAACAAA